GUUCGGACUGUGAGUGUCAAGUUGAAGUCGCAGCGAGGCCGCGCUAAACCGCAUAUGGAUACCGGCACAACUGAAACUCCGCUGCUUACCUAAUGCCCCGUGGCUAAGGUUCGAACUGGACGCAACCGGGAGAUAUUAAAAGAACGUCGCUGUUGAGCAGAAUCACAACGCUACCCAGGCCUAACGCCGACGUAUCUUCAGUUUCACGAUGCCACUACUGCGAGCUGGCGGGCCCUCCGCCAUUGGAGCCACCUGCUCCCGCUCCAUUCGAUCUGCAUACGCCCUCAAUGCCCGGUACCUAAGCUCCUCCACCACCCAUCAAGCCGCUGGAGAGAUCAAGACCACCACCCAAGAUGCCCCCGCAACACCAUCUACCGGAAGUGCUAUAACCCGCAAAGAGUCUGCUGGUGAAUCUAUUCCACGCCAUCAGCCCGACUACAAUGCUACUGUUGACCAUGGUACCUCGUAAGGGCCCUCUCUACCCUGGGCUUUCAUACCAGUAUAAAAAUACAUGUGCAUGUGCAUACUUGCUAACUGUUAUUCCUCUCAGCCUGUUCUCUCCAGUUCCCAAGCGAGUAAUGGACGGAAGCGAGCCAAGUGAAGUCGUUGCUGCUGCCGUUCUCUCAGGUGCUCCAACAGACCUUCAGGCCCGAACAGUCAGAAUAUACCGUAGUGCCAAACCAGCUACUCAAUCUGGUACCUGGCGCAGCCACCACUGGAGGAUGGACUGGGAUGUCCUAUCCAAGGGUCACCGCUGGGAAAAUCCACUAAUGGGAUGGCAGUCUUCCGCAGACGCUAUGCAGGGAACCCAUAUCAAUUUCAAGUCAAAAGAAGAUGCAAUUCGAUUUGCUGAGAAGCAGGGGUACGAAUAUUUUGUUCAGGAGCCAAAUGAGCGCGUUUUCCGCCCAAAGGCCUACGCAAACAACUUCCUACAUGAGUCUAGGAAGCUCAAAUACAUCAAAACAAAAUAAAGUGCCUACCGUUCCCAGUCAUUUCAUGUUGUGUAUAUAAUAUUUUUACAGCAGUAGCUUGUACGCUGUCGUUCUAGAAAUUCAUUUCCGUUAUUUUUUUU